CCGCCCCGGCCCGGCCGCUCCCGCUGGGCGCCCCGACCGGGUCCGGCCCGGGGGGCGGGGGCCGCGGCCGCCGAGGAUGGGGAAAUCCAACAGCAAGUUGAAGCCCGAAGUUGUGGAGGAGCUGACCAGGAAAACCUACUUUACCGAGAAGGAAGUCCAGCAAUGGUACAAGGGCUUCAUCAAAGACUGCCCCAGUGGGCAGCUGGAUGCGGCAGGCUUCCAGAAGAUCUACAAGCAGUUCUUCCCAUUCGGAGACCCCACCAAGUUUGCCACGUUUGUUUUCAAUGUCUUCGAUGAAAACAAGGACGGGCGGAUCGAGUUCUCUGAGUUCAUCCAGGCGCUGUCGGUGACCUCGCGGGGAACCCUGGACGAGAAGCUGCGGUGGGCCUUCAAGCUCUAUGACUUGGACAACGACGGCUACAUCACCAGGAGUGAGAUGCUGGACAUCGUGGACGCCAUCUACCAGAUGGUGGGGAACACCGUGGAGCUCCCUGAGGAAGAGAACACUCCCGAGAAGAGAGUGGACCGGAUCUUUGCCAUGAUGGACAAGAACGCCGACGGGAAGCUGACGCUGCAGGAGUUCCAGGAAGGGUCCAAGGCAGACCCCUCCAUUGUGCAGGCGCUGUCCCUCUACGAUGGGCUGGUAUAGUCCAGGAACCAGAGCUGCGAUGCCUGGGAACCACUUGCCUCCUCCUGUGCCACGAGGCCACCUCCGCCCCGACACCACCCCACAUGUCCCCCAGCCUUCCUCCGCAUCCACACAGGCCAGCCGGCUGCCCUUGAACCGCGAGGCCCGGGCUCUCCCCGCCCCUGCCCUGCACCCACCCGCCACCUGAAGCCACCGGCUCCGAUUGCCAACAACCUCUGCUCGAAAAAUGACAAAACGAAACGGAAAAGGCUACAGACCUCUGCAAAACCAAGGACUCGGGCCGCUUCGCAGGCAGCCUCUCGGUUCCUCCUGCUCUCCUGCGCGUGUGCUUUUGUUUUUUAUUUUAAACAGACGUUCUAAAAGAAAAAAACAACUACCUUCUGUCCUAGAAGAUAUAGACUGACAGAUGGGGAGAAGGCCUCCGGGACCUUGGGGACCUCCGCCUCCCCUGCAUCCCGGAUCCCCUGGUAGCCGAGAGGGCGUGGCGGUCCAGGGUGUCGGGGGGCCUGCCUGGUUAGCAUUAUCUGUCGUCCCUUUUAGCAGCAAAACCACCUGCGUGGCCAGGAUCAUUAAUUAUGAGGAUGACGAUUUUUUGUGAUAACAGUAUUGUGCUCUUUGUGGGGAAAGUGAGGUUUUUUUUAUAUACAUAUAUAAUUGAUAUCUUUUAUUUAUUGGUUGUUAACCGUUGCUGCUGCCUCACGGGUCCGCAGCUCCCAGGGCUGCGGGGCCACCGUUUACAUGUGCACGCCCCGCCCGCCUGCCACGCUCGCUCGGGAGGCUGGUGGCCUGCAGCAGGCCAAGAUGCCAAAAAACAUUUUUUUUUUUCAGAUACUGUGCUUGAUGUGUGGAGAGGGGAGAGGUAGGAUUUCCUGCCUGGCAAAUGCACUGUUCCCUCCAGCCAGAUGUCCCCACACAUCCCCUUUCCCUGCUGUCCCCGACCCCCUGCCAACCUUGUUCUCCUCUGGGUCCGUAACAUUUUUUCUGAGGACGAACAGGGAACAUCUUUAGGUUUCUUGACUCUUACUUUGGUGUUUGCCGCAGCAUGGAGAACGGAGAGCCUUGUGCUCACACAGGGCGCCGGGAAGAGGGGGAUGGGGUACAUCGGCUGGGCAGGGAGGGGCGGUCUCUGCGAGACGUUGGCAGAAGUAAGGGAUGCCUGCACCUCCUUGGGCGGGGCGGGGGUUUGAAAACAGUCCAGGACUCUCUGCUCGGCCUUCCCACCUCCCUGUCUGCUUUUCCAAGUAGAGCACGCGAUUUUCUUUCCUGUCCCUCUCUUAGCUCAAAGGUUGGCGGAGUGGGGACAAUAGCAGAGUUCCAGUCAGUCCCAUUGAGAUAGUCUCUGCUGCUUGGGGCUGUGGCCCGUACGCCCCCACAGGAGGCUUCUAGCUCUGCCUGCCACUGAGGCAGGGGUGGCCCCAGAACCGUCACCAGGAAUGUCAGGUGACCCUGGACCAGAGGUCAGGAGCCUGAGGUCUGGCCCUUGCUCUCUGGGCCUCAGCUUCCCAGUGUGCAGAGCCGGGGCCUGGGCUGGUUGGUCCUGAAGGCCCUUUCCAUGCUGACAGCGUAUAAUUCUAAGCCUGGGAUUCGGUUUCCGACAGUGUGUGGUUCUGUGGCCUGUGGCUGCCUGUGCCCGACCUCAGCAGACACGGGCACUGUCUGAGUCACAGCACAGCCCCUACUGUGUCUCUUGGCAUUGGUUGCUUCUGUGUGGGGUCUGUCCCAGCAGCCAAAUGUGUCAGGUGGCACACCUUGUCCCUCCCAGCCGCAAUUUGGGUCCCACCUGGACCCUUGAUCUCCCUUUUUGGCUCAGAACUAGUCCUCACCGAGGGAAGGCUUCUGGGGUGAGAAGCAGCCUCCCAACUGUUUAGGGCCAGGCCUGGGGCUAGAAUUCUUGCUGCUUCUUUGCAAAGCCCACAUCCUAUCAUCCCGUUCCGAGAGGGGCAAGUCUGGCCCUCGGCUCCCCCUGAGUCGUCCUUGCUCUCCACUUUGCACACCCAGGAGGCCGGAACCCGCCUGCUGCUCAGCCCUCAGCACAGAGGACUCCAGGCAGAUGAAGCCUCUGCCAGAGCGGCUUUGCCGCGUCCACUCCCCCUGGCCGGGCACUCGGCCAGCUCCAGCAGUCUCCCCCUGGCAUUGGCAGCCCCUUUGGUUGUGCUCUGGCCCCACUUGUCAGCCCCCCAGGUCCUGCAGGGCUGGGGAGCAGUGGUUCUACCUUCACAGGCAACUUGGAAGGGUGGACUCUUUGAGUACCCUGCUGGCCGGCUUCCCGCCCAGCCACUGGCCCGGGGGGCGUGGGACUCACCACCAGUCGCUGCGGUUCCUCAGCCGGCUCUGAGCUGGGGUCCCAGGGCAGGGGAUGGACUUGGUGACUUGGGGUUGAGAGAAUGAGAGUGGGGUCUUUCCCAUGUCGGCUUCCUUUUCUUUGGCCUCUGCCUGAGCCUCGACUUGCCUCUCUGGUCAAGUGGGAAUGGUGUGUUGUGCUCCUGUCCUGGAGGCAUCGCGGCAAAGCCACUUGUGGCUGAGGAUUGCCAGGGUUAAGCAAGGCGUCCGAUUCCUAGACAUCCACUGAGCCCCGAGCCUGGCCUUGCUCCUGUCACCCUGCCCUUUGGCCUUCUGGUUUGGAGCCACAGUGUGGCUUUUGGCCUUAGCAGGCAGUGUCCUGGGGACCUGUGGCCCCAUGCCUCGGGCACACCUGUGUCCCAAGCCCUGAGACAGCCCAGAGCUGCCAGAUGGGCCACGCUUCUUCCUGGUGGGGUGCUGGACGCUGGUCAUUUUUGCUCAAGGUUGCCAGGCAGGGACCGAUUUCUGUCCCCUCUUCUCACCACUGAGGUUCUGUGGCGGCACCCUCAGAGCCUUAGGCCAGAUCCCUCCUGCGCAGCCCUCAGCCCUUUCCCCUACAUUUUUUUCCACCUGAGGCCCUGUCCUGCCGUGUGCUGCCCUCUCUGGGGCGUCCGUCCCAGAGGCCAGGCCCUCAGCCCCUCUGCAGAGCCUCACGCCAGGGCAGGGCUGGGGCCAGCCUUGGGUGGCCAGUGUGCCACGGCCUGGCCUCUUCCUCAGUGUCUGCACCUCACUUUCUGUUGACAGUGACUUCGGAGAACGUUACCAUUUUCCAUUAUUUAACAGGUAGCGUUUAAAAUGACAUCAAGGCAAGCACAGGUGUUGCCCUCUGUACAUCUCUUCCCCUGAAAUGCUUCCCAGUCUGACAGCUGAUUUCCUACAACAAUGCACCUGGGCUUGCGGGGACGUUGUCUCUCGUGGGAAGAGGGCUGGGGGAGGUCGGGAUGCCUGGGGGUCCCUCUCGGGAGAGAAAGCCCCCGCUGCCCACCCGCCCAGCGGAAAGCCAGCCCGUUCCCAGCACGGUUUCAGCAUGCAAGCAAUUCAAGGGGGCGUGGGGCGCCCCCUGGUGCUGGAGAGCCUCGAAGGCAUCUGGGGGCGCCAGUCUCGCCAGGUGGUCGAGAGGGAGGUGGGCGGCCAGGAGGCCCUGGGCCUCCACGUUCUUGGCAGUGUGUUCUCAGACGCCCCUGCCGGGCCACCGGGAGAGCAGGGGGAUUAGCAAAAGGGCGCUGUGCUGGGAAGCCUUGCCCCACCCCCCGCCCUUUUUUUUUUUUUUAAUAUCUGCAGAAUAAACCCAAUGGUUAAUUUUUGAAUGAAUAAAAGGCUUUUGUUGAAUAAACAGCUGGUCCCAUC